AUGCCCAUCACAGCAGACGACAAGCUCCUCCUGCACUACCCCAUCCCCCUCCCGGACAGCUUCUUCGAAACCGUCAAAGCUCGCUGGCCCCAACUCAAAGUCCACAUGGAAACCUACCCCCCCGGAAAUAGCACAAUGAAAAACACCGACGAGCUGCCGGACGAGGUCUGGGAGGGCGUCACGCUGCUCUCCGUCGUCCCGCCGCCCAGCGCGGCCAAGAUGAAGAAUGUCAAGUUUGUCCAGUUGGGAUCCGCGGGAUGGGACGUUUGGCUGGAGCAUGAGGUGUUUCUGAACAAGAACGUCGAGUUUUGCAAUACGAGCGGUGUUCAUGCACCUCAGAUUGCCGAAUGGGCCAUUGGCGCCUGGUUAACUCACUCACACCAUUUCAAGACUUACAUGGAACAAGCAGACAGAGGAGUCUGGGAUAUGGCCCUCGCGAAAAGCCAGGUCACAGACUCCGUUGGUCUCCGCAUGGGCAUCAUGGGCUACGGCGCAAUCGGCCGACAAGUCGCCCGCCUAGCCCACGCGCUGGGCAUGGAGAUAUACGUCCAAACUCUGAGUCCCCGGCCAACUCCAGAGUCCAAGAAGCUCCGAGAAUACAUCGUCCCCGGCACCGGUGACCCAGACGGCCUCCUCCCCGCAAAAUGGUUCUCCGGCUCCGGCCCCGAAGCCGUCAACAACUUUCUUAGCCAGGACCUGGACAUCGUUCUCCUCAGUCUUCCCAUGAGCCCCCAAACCAGACACUGCAUCGGCGCAGAGCAGUUCAAGAUCCUCGGCAAGAAGAAGCCGUUCCUCAUCAACGUCGCACGAGGUCCCCUUGUCGACACGCCCGCCCUGAUCGAGGCCCUUGAAGGAGGACUCCUCCGUGGAGCCGCUCUGGAUGUCGCAGAACAGGAGCCCUUGCCACAAGAACACCCUUUGUGGAAAGCCCCAAACGUCUUCAUCACACCACACAUCAGCUGGCGGUCUACCAAGUUGACCGAGAGGAUAACCGAUGUAUUGCUCCAGAAUCUGGAGAGGUGGGAUAAAGGAGAGCCCCUGCUGAAUCGAAUCAAGAGAUGA